GGUCGUAAGGAGUGUGACGUGACAGACGCGUGACAGACGCGUCCAUUUGAGCCCACGGCCGUCACAUUGUCCUCAACCGCGACUUGCGAGUCGGUCUACACAAAAUGAGCGCCGCAUACGCCGCGUCCCCCAUUCAGAGGACGGGUUCGACGGCACCGCACCGUACAUCUCAGGCUAAACAGCUGCGCCCGACUGUGACAGACGACUAUGAACGAUGGUACACCGAGGGCACGCCGAACAACCGCAUGCUGCUUGCGCUCCGCUCGGGCAUCGACUCAGAGGUCUCUUGGGCGUUGGACCGCCUCACCCGUUUAUGUAAUAACGAGCAAUUCGUGCUCCAAGCCAUCCCGGGGCUGACGGACGCGCUGUUCGAGUGGCCUGUCUGGUACGUCGAAGUCGGAGCGGCGCUCUGUUCACGCGCGACUACGUUAUUCGCUCUUCCGCAAGAAUGGGAGCAAAGACGAAAGCACGCGCUGGAGUCGAUCCUAAUUCUGCGCAACGCUGCCGUCAACGAGCCAAACGCGCACGAGCUCUCGGAACAUCGCCGGACACGCUCUCUCAUCCUGCUCGCGCUGCACAACAUCAAGCCCGAUAGCGAUGCAAACGUUGAAUUCGUCCUCUAUGUGAUCGAGCUACUGCAUUCCAUCUCCGCUGGGUUGAGCCUUCCGCCUCCCGAUGCUCCUGCGUUGGCCAUUCCCGUGCAGCCCUUGCACGAAAUUGCAGGGACAUCCUCAAAUCGUACGCUCAUCCUAGUUGCUAUGACCACACUGAACUUGCUGCUGUCCAAUCCUGCCAAUGUCGCCCACCUCACCGAGGAAUCGCCUACGUUGGAAGCCUCAAUCAGGUAUCUUCCGUUGCUGACGGACAAAGCUCUACUGGAUGCCUCUGUGAACUACCUGUACACACAUCUCUCGCACCCCGCAAUGACAAAGGCUUUCCUUCUUCACCCCAAAAUGCCGGGUGUACUUAGGCUUCUUGUCUCGCUCCUUCUCUCAGAGCAAGUCGAAGAAACCGUCUCCGUCGACAUAGCUGGACCAAUCCACACCGCUCCAUCGUCGUUCACGACCGUGAAGGAUCACGAAUUGUCGAAGGAGGAACUCGAGAGGCUGGUUUCUCUUCCCGAGCCGCAGCGCUGCUUCGAAUGGAUGAGGACUAUGUUCAUCGCCAAGGCGGAUGGCGAACUGACCCAAGUUGAAUUCUGGAAUCUGUACAAAGACGCCUUCACGCCUUACGUCGCGCAGCAUCCAAUGCUAGCGGCGUCAGACGUCAUCAAGAAUGUCAAUAUGGUUUACCCUCCUGCGCAAGCCAUGGUCCUUGUAAACCCACACCGGUUCGUUGUACGCGGCGUUGACAGGCGAAAAGAAAGGUCGGCGAUCGAGCAACAGUUCAAGUGCCUGUGGGACAGCUCUCAAUGCUCAAGCCGAACCUUUGGGUCGACGGCAGAGCUCUUCGAGCACGUCGUUAACGCACACAUCGAUCCUCACAGCGGGAGCGAGGUCGCAUGUUCAUGGGCAUCAUGUUCACAUGCAUCCCUUCCGAAAGCUCUCCUUCGUGGUCACGUACUGACCCACCUCCCGAACUCACAAUCCGCUCCAAAAGACCCUGGUCAGACCGACGUCACUCUCCCAUACGAAAACUACCCGCACCCCAUCCCGAAUCCUACCUCGCGGCCACUACCCCCGCCACGCACCGCGAAGCUCACGUACAAGCGGCCCGUAUCCGAUCCGCCGUCCACAUCGCUCACUGCGCUGCUGUGCAUCCGGGUACUCUUCCGUGCUUCGUUCGCGUCGUCGGACGCCGCUCCGCGUGCAGACGAGGACCACUUCGGCUUCCCGGGGAUCGUGGAGGAGACGGAAGAUGCAGAGGUCAUGAUCGCACGGAGUGCCGGAAAUGACCGCGAGAGGGAAGGAGAGAGGAGAGGAAGGAAGGCGUUCAUUGGCAUCCGACACCUGCUCGAGAACGUCACAAUCAAGGACGAGGCGUUGAUGGGGUGGAUCACGGAGAUGGUGGAUGCUGGGAUUACUGGGACGACAUAGCGGGAUAUGUUUUGAAUCUCUUGAAGCCACGUUAGAAGUCUUCGCGACUCGCAAUGGGUCCCGUUCGUGGCUGCCAGUGGCCCGGGAGCCUAUUCAGUUGGGGAACUUCGCAGGGGGGUGAUUCCAACUUCCCAUAGUACCCGGCGGCCCGCGCCCGCUGUCUUAGUAUGUAUGCAUUCAGACGGUUGAGCCUGUCGUUCGCUCCGCGGCAGAUGUUUUACAUGAAUGUGUUCUUGGCAAUACGAGAUGCUAUUGCGCUCUCUGAAGUUGUUCUUUG